AUGCGAAAUGGGAACGAUGGACAUCUGCUCGUCGGGAUCUCCAGUGACGCUUUUUUCAAUAUCACCAAAUUUUUAACCCUUAACGAGGCACUAAAACUGAAGCUCGUGUGCAAGCAUUUCAAAGAAUACAUAAAAGAUGAGAAGGCCUUCUGUCAAAAUGAGUGCAUUAGUCUGAAUAACUAUAUAAUGUUCGUGCGCCUUGUGCACCCGGAGAAGUUCAGGUCCUUCCUGGAGUUCCUGCUAACGGACGAACGCAAUGCGUACGCUAGUCCUUUCUGCGCUAGACGGCGCCUCCAGUUCGGGAUCACGAAGAAGCAGCUGAUGCUGCAAGAUAAGCCAUUCCUGAAAAAGAUAACGCUCAAGGGGGACUUCCUCAGGAAUGCAAACUUCUACGAUAUCAGCCAACUGCUAAGAGCUCAUGCGAGCACCCUAGAAGAGUUGCACGUCCAUGGACUGAACGAUGUAAACUGUCCUCUCUUUAUUUAUUCUCAUCAUGGCAUCCUCUUCGAAUUCCUUUCGAAGGAGGUCCUUAUGAAUAAUCUAUCUGUCCACUGUGUGAAGAAAAGUAGCUUGAGGUAUAUUCAAGACUUGCUGUUGCAGCGGGGUGGCGGUCGGAAAGGUAGGCGGCGGGAGCGAAACUCGCCCCGGCUGGAAAGGUCCCCCCCUGGGGAGGUAUCCCCAACGGAGGAAUCACCCGCGCACGAAUCACCAACCGAGGAAUCACCAACCAACGAAUCGCCAACCGACGAAUCACCAACCGACGAAUCACCAACCGAGGAAUCACCAACCGAGGAAUCACCAACCGAGGAAUCGCCAACCAACGAAUCACCAACCAACGAAUCGCCAACCGACGAAUCACCAACCGAGGAAUCACCAACCGAGGAAUCACCAACCGACGAACCACCCCGUGAUGCUCCCACCCAGAGGGUUCCCCUCGGGAGAGACAAAAAGGUGCACCUCCUGUGCGAGCACAUCGGCGUCGUAUACGAUGUGAGAAAAAGUUGCUUCGAAAGAAUAAAAAACUACAAGCCGAUUCUGCAUCUAAGUAAUUACAUAAGCAGUCUAACCAGCUUGCGGGUUCUGAACCUCUCAGGCAUUCAGAGCUACGACCUGAUAGAGAUGCUCAUCUCAGUGCAUCUACCGUCUUUGAAAACGCUAAACAUUUCUUGCUACGAUUACUUCUUCUAUUUUUAUCAUAUGGUCGUCUCCAUCUGUUUGUAUGGAAGUGGAAAGGAGGUGUUUUCUCGCUACCUGGAUUUAAAAAAUACUGAACUGAGAAGAGACACCAACAAGAGGAAGAGAAGUGAGUCGUUCGGAAGGAACAAGGAGAUGGAGCAGCUCAUUAGAGAGACGGAUGAGGAGCUCAUUCAGAUGAACAAAAUUUCCACUGCCUGUCAGAAGAGGUAUGAGGAGGACGCCAUAAACUACUACGCACUGAAUGUGAGUAGGAACGAUCAGAAGAUCUUCUUCACCCCGACGUACAAGGAUAGGAUCUGCAUAAGGGGGGUCAACCCACCGGUGCACUAUGCUGACGGUAGCUACAUAAGGCACGACUCGGAUGGGGAACAAGUUGGAGAUGGAGAAGAAGUUAGAAAUCACGAAGUUACUGCACGUGGCGAACUUGCUGGACCAGACUCACUCCGAGGUGUAGGGGAGGGCCCCCCCAAGGCCGGACACAGCCAGCAGGCCCAGCCCCCCAGGGGGGAUAGCCCCUGCAGCACGCUGCGCAGUGUGGGGAGUGGCCAGGAAAGCACAUACAGCACGCUACGAAGUGUAGGAAGCGGGGAAAGCGGCCAACGCGGUGAUUACCCCACAGAGGGGCAGCGUCCCCCAAAGGGGAAACCCGUAUGGAAACCCAUAACGCACUCCGCAUCGCAACCUGCAUGCCCCCCGUCGUGGAAGUCGCCAUCCCGUCACACACCCACCCCACUCGCCGACGGAAAGCUGAAGAGACUGAAAAGCGGAGGAUACAUCUGGUUCGUCGAAAAUCAAAGGCAACGAAAAAACGUCAGUAUAGAAAUGUUAUACCUAUGUAAAAAUAUAAUCGAGAAGGAGGAAAAGAAGGCACGAAAAAAUAUCAUAUGCUUAAUGAAUCAGCUCAACGUGGAGCAUUUCUCUCUUUUCAACUACGGACUCAGCACUCCCUUCUUGUGGCUUCUACUACUCAUAAGGUGCGACAAACUAAAGACGGUGUCUAUACUGGAUCUAUGCCUAUCCCACCUUCUCUCCGCCUUGGCCUUUUUAGAGGCAUACCUCAAGCAACAUCUUUUUAAUUUCCAAGGCAUGAUGAGAAGACGCAGAAAGAGACUUGGUAGCAUAUACUUUCGAUUUAACGAUGAGGAGGAUAUUCAUUUUGUAAAUACAAUGUAUAGCCGUAUUAUUAACGAGUUAAAUUUGUCUGACUUUGCUCCGAGAAAGAAUCGAGUGCUGCACAUCGUCAUAUAUGUCUACAAUAAUAAGAAGGAAAACAAACAGCUGGUAAAAUAUAUUCGUAAAAUAUCUCGGUCCCUGUGGCGGUGCAAUUACGUAGUGCACUACUCCAUUCAAUAUUAUAAAUACAAAUACUUCAAUCGGUACUUGGAUAUCGACAACUUGUAUCGGGAUUACGUCGUGAACGUUCUGCUCACUCAUCACAAGCUCAACCAGCGGCUAAUUGCGCGCCGUGCGCUCCUCCCCCGCGAGGACCGCCCAUAG